CGCCGGAGUGUGGUGUUGGAAGAAGUAUAGGCUGUGGGAUGGAGUGGAUGGAUCGGUGGAUGGGUGGAUGGACGUGGUCUCUACCAUAGUUGGCAGCCUGUCUUGGACAACACAUUCUGACCCUACGAACAACCAGAUGCGCGACGUCCUUUCCACCGAAGAACUCACCAUCCCGGAGGGUGUGACCGUUGACAUCAAGUCCCGCCUCAUCACUGUCACUGGUCCUCGCGGCACACUCAAGAAGAAUGUCCGUCACAUCAACAUGGAUCUCGUGCUCGUCAAGACGUCCAAGGCCUCCCGUGUUCUCCUACAAGUGUGGCAAGGGGGCAGGAAACAUGUUGCUUGCUUGCGGACAGUCAGGAGUUUGAUUGAGAACAUGAUCACUGGAGUCACGAAGGGUUUCCUCUACAAAAUGCGUGCCGUCUACGCCCAUUUCCCUAUCAAUACCAUCAUCGCCAACGGUGAAACCUCUGUUGAGAUCCGGAACUUCCUUGGCGAGAAGACUGUCCGACAUGUUGCCAUGCUGGAGGGUGUGACAAUACAGGAGUCCAAGGCACAAAAGGAUGAGCUCAUUCUCCAGGGUAACGAUAUUGAGAUGGUUUCGCAAUCUGCUGCUUCAAUCCAGGGUGCAUGCCGGGUGCGCAACAAAGAUAUCCGAAAGUUCUUGGACGGCAUCUACGUUUCGGAGAAGACCACUGUUGUCGCCGAGUAAGGGGUGCUGUUCAUCAGGAUUCAGGUCGAUUGCCCCCAUGUGUAUGUAGAUGAC